AUGGAAUCAUCAAUGGAAGAUAAUGUUUUCUCCAAAGAUAUGGAUAAUGUAACUUCACCUAGCACACCUUCUUUCGCUAAAUCUUCGAUUGUAACAGUUCUUAUUAAUGUUCAAAAGACUAUCAACAUGGAGAACAGACCACAAUGCAGUAUAUCACUUAAUUUAGUUGAUAACAAAGAACUACGGUCGCGUAUCAGGAAUUCAAUGGGUAUCGGUUAUUGGAAUGCCUAUACUAAAAGUGAAAAGUAUUUAUCUGAAAAACCAACAAAUAUGGAAAUUGAUUCUGCCGAAUUAGCAAAGCAUAAUAAGUCUGAUGAUAUGUGGAUAGCUUUAGAUCAUCAAGGAAAAACUGUAGUAUAUGAUAUCACAAAAUUUGCGGCGUAUCAUCCUGGAGGUGUUGAUAUACUGUUGGAAUAUGCUGGAACUGAUGCUUCAGAAGCAUUUCGAAUGGCACAUUCAUAUGUUAGCACAAAUAUGAUAUCUAGAUUACAGAAAGGUUAUUUAAAACAAAGUGCACCUGGUCGAGGUGGUAUGCCUAAUCAAUUAUCUCCAUUCUUUAUCCCAUCGAAGCUUCGUCUAGGCAGUACAAAGAAACCUAUUUGGGAUUGGAAAGAAUACGAUAGUUAUAUUGAAUUGAUUAUUAAUUAUGGGAAUAAUAAAGUCUUUGAUAAAUUUUGUUAUGAAUUAGAUAGAUUACGAGUACUUUGUACAUGGACUAAAUGUGAUCAAGAUGAUAAACAAAUGAAUUCCAAUGGUGUACUUAUGUUACGUACAGUUUUAAAUAAUGAAUAUCAUUGUUUGAAAUUGAGACUAUGUGCUCAACUUCGUCCAGAUUUGUGUACACUUUGUUUGAAUCAAUUGGGAAUUGGUAAUUCGAAGUCAUUGUCUUCGCUUUCACUACCACCAUCAUCAUCAUCAUUAUCACUAUUAAAACGAAUAGGAGAGGGAGGUGGCAGAGAAGGAACAAUCCAGUUGAGUAUCAAUUUAAUUAAACUCCUAUCUGUUACAUCAUCAUCAUCAUUAUCUUCAAUAUCUUCUUCCUCAUUUCCAUCAUUAUCAGUACAACCAAAUAUUGGUAGCAUAGAAUUAGUUGAAAAACCGACAAAUAAUUCAUUUAGUACAAUUGGUGUUGUACUUCGUGAUAUUUGUAUUGGACUAGAUGUUGAAAAUAGUUCCAUUUCUAAUGAGUUGUUUUUUAUUUGUUCUAUCAUUGAAUCUUAUUGGUUACAUAAUCAUCAUCAUCAUCAUAAUUAUCGAUUCAUACGUAUAAAUUGGCCAGAAUCACAAGUAAAUAUGAAUAUACCAAUUGGAUAUCAUGUAAAUGUUCGUUUAAAAGAUUCCGAAGGUAAUUACGUCAUCAGACCUUAUACACCAGUAUGCAAUGAUUUAACUCUUUCAUCAAUAAUCAAUACUGAUUUUCAACAGGAAAAAUGUGUAAAUCAAUGUUGUUUAUUAAUUAAAAUUUAUUCAGAUGGGGAAUUUUCUCAACUUGUGAAUAAUAUUUCUACAAAUGAUACUAUUGAAAUCAGUCUACCAAUAGGUAAUUUCAGUAGUAAUCUAAUCAAACAAAUCAUUCAUAAUAAUAAGAAUGAAUCAAAAUUGACCCAUCUUAUUAUGUUAGCCGGAGGUAGUGGAAUAACACCUUUGCUACGGAUAAUCAAUUAUUUAUUGACUGAUCAUCAUCAUCAUCAUCAUCAAAAUUUACAAACAUUUAAAAUACAUCUAAUUCAUUUUAAUCGUUGUCAAAUGGAUCAAAUAUUAAUUUCAUAUUUUCAAUCAUUACAUAAUCAUUUCCCAAAUAAAUUUUCCAUUACUCACGUUCUAUCUGAACCAUUAUGCAUUACUGAUAGUGAUAAUAAUAACCCUUGGUUAUAUGGACAUAUAACCGAUGAAUUAUGUCGUCAAUGUUUUGAUCAAGAAAUUAUUGACAAUUUUGAAUCACAAACAAUUUGUUUAAUAUGUGGUCCAUCUGGUUUUAAUGAUGCAGCUUUAAAACUAACAAAUCAAUGGUCUAUUCCUAAAGAACGUGUACAUGUCUUCAAAGGAUGAAAACAAAAGAUGUAUCAUCAUAGUAAUGGUUCACAUAAACAUACAAAAUAUGUAGUUUAUAACAAAUCCAAUAACUUUCUGAUGAAUUCCUUUACUCUAGUCUCUUAUUUUUUUUAUUUUUCAAACCAUUUUAUGGUAUAUUCCUAUUUCAUUUACUCUCAAUGACAAUAUGUAUAUUAUUUUGAAUUGUGAAAUUGUAUCUCACAUAGUAACUAAUCUAUGUCACCAUGAUGAUGUACUCAUAUUUUGGGCGAAUGUGUCACAUGUAUAUAUAAAUAUAAAUAUGUAGACAUAUUUAGUCAAGUGAUUUCCAUUUGUUUAUCUUCUUUUUUGCUCAUUCUUUCAUAACAUAUUUCUCAUUAACAGGUGUAUUACUACUGGGAUAUUAAUCAUUUUGUAAACACAAUCUUGAACUAUUCAUUACCUAAAUAACUAUAGUUGUAUCAUGAACGAGAACAUAGACGAGAAUCAUAUAAUAAAUGCUUCAUUUGUAAAAUAUCCAUCAAUUGUUUCAUAUUUGUUGUUUUCUUCUCUUCAAUCUUUUCAAUAUUCCACUCUCGAUUAGUGACAUAUACUACUUAUAUCUAUCGACAUCAGUAGCACAUAUCACAGUUGUCGCUUGUUAUUAUUGUGGAUUUAGAUAAAUUUUUUUUCAGCUCAAGCAAGACGGAAAGAAAAACGUCGUGAAUCUCACUCUUCUACAUUAUUCUCAAUGAUUCUAUUUGUUUUCAAAUGAUUGAUGGAUAGAAUCUCCUUUUUGUGUUGAUCUCUUAAUGAUUUCUUUCGGUUUGUAUUGUACACACAAAAAAAUAAACAAAGAAAAGUAUUUCCCACUAGGUGUAUUAAUUUCUUCCUAUUGAAGCUUUUGGUCGCACUAAUAAUUAAUGCGUAGAACUCUGGUGAUCAAAAAGCACAAGACUAUCUGUAAAUAUAAUGCUGUUAUCACUAAGAUCUAUGAAAUGCAUUACAAAUAUCAAUUCGUAACUCAUCCAUAG